UCUAGACUUGGAACAACUAUUGAGAAAAUCUUGGUAUCGUUUAAGAUUAUCGGUUCGUUGCCCAUCUCGGGUUCCCACUUGGGAUGCCAUCGUCCUCACGGCAGCCAGCCCUGAACAAGCUGCCCUCUAUGAAUGGCAACUCAAACGAGCUAUACGUUUUGGUCGGAUUUCAGAUUCCACCGUCACUCUUGCAGUACCCGAUCCCGAUGGCCAACGCAUUGGUUCAGGUGCAGCCACUCUCAAUGCCAUUCUUGCCCUAGCUAAUCAUUACAAGACUUCAAAGGUUGCAAGCAACUGCAGUGAUGGAUCGUAUAUACCCCAUGAAAGCUCUGAAAAUGAAGCAUCUACCUCAAUGAUUAACUUCUUAAGGAAAAAACAUAUAUUACUGCUUCAUGCGGGUGGUGACUCUAAGAGGGUCCCAUGGGCAAAUCCCAUGGGGAAAGUUUUCUUGCCACUUCCAUAUUUGGCAGCUGAUGAUCUUGAUGGACCAGUACCCUUGCUUUUUGACCAUAUACUUGCAAUAUCUUCUUGUGCACGACAAGCUUAUAACAAUGAAGGUGGGCUAUUCAUCAUGACUGGUGACGUGCUUCCAUGUUUUGAUGCAUCUGCUAUGGUUCUUCCCGAGGAUACAUCCUGCAUCAUUACUGUGCCUAUCACUCUCGAUAUUGCCUCCAAUCAUGGUGUUAUUGUGGCAUCCAAAACUGGGAACUCAGAUGAAAUUUGUUCAGUUAAUCCUGUUGCAAAUCUACUUCAAAAACCUAGCAUGGAGGAGCUUAAUAGGCACAAUGCCAUUCUUGAUGAUGGUAGGACAUUACUCGAUACUGGUAUUAUAGCGGUUAGAGGUAAAGCAUGGGAAGAUCUUGUUACGCUUUCUUGUUUGAGCCAACCGAUGAUCUCAGAACUUGUGAAUACUAGAAAAGAGAUGAGUUUGUAUGAAGAUCUUGUGGCUGCUUGGGUACCCGCAAGGCAUGAAUGGUUGCGAUCAAGACCUCUUGGUGAAGAACUUGUGACGAGAUUGGGGAAACAGACCAUGUAUAGCUAUUGCGCUUAUGAUCUGUCGUUCUUGCACUUCGGGACCUCGAGUGAAGUUUUAGAUCACUUGAGUGGGAUCGGUACAAGACUUGUUGGCCGAAGGCAUCUGUGUUCCAUUCCCGCAACAACAAUGUCCGAUAUUGCAGCAUCUGCUAUCAUAGUUUCUAGUAAAAUAUCACCUGGUGUAUCAAUUGGUGAAGAUUCUCUUGUAUAUGACUCAUCCAUUUCAGGCGGAAUACAAAUCGGUUCCCUCUCUAUAGUAGUCGGUGUCAUUAUACCAGAAAAAAACGAUAGAACUACAAAAGAUCCAUUUACUUUCCUCCUUCCUGAUCGUCAUUGUCUUUGGGAAGUUCCUUUAAUAGGGUGCACCGAAAGGGUUAUCGUGUUUUGCGGCCUUCAUGAUAAUCCCAAAAACCCGCUUUCAAAAGAUGGUACUUUUUGCGGAAAACCAUGGGAAAAGGUCCUUGAUGACCUGGGUAUUCAAGAAAACGACUUGUGGAUAUCUCAAGAAAAGUGUUUGUGGAAUGCAAAACUUUUUCCUGUUCUUCCAUAUUUUGAGAUGCUUAGCCUUGCAAACUGGCUUAUGGGGUUAGGAAAUUAUGGCAAAAACGAAGGCUUUCUUUCGUUAUGGCAAACGUCAAAACGUGUUAGCUUGGAGGAGUUGCAUAGAUCGAUAGAUUUCCCACAAAUGUGCUCAACUUCUGGUAACCAUCAAGCCGAUCUUGCAGCCAAAAUUGCUAGAGCUUGUCUUACUUUCGGCUUGCUUGGGAGGAAUUUGGCUCAGCUGUGUCAAGAGAUUUUGCAAAUGAAAGACUCGGGAGACGAAAUAUGCAAAAACUUUCUGGAAUUGUGUCCGAAUUUACUGGCACAAAAUUCAAAAAUUCUUCCAAAAAGCCGAGCUUAUCAGGUGCAGGUUGAUCUUCUUCGUGCAUGCAACAAACAUGAAGAAACUUCUGAAGUCGAGCAUCAAGUAUGGGCUGCUGUUGCUGAUGAAACGGCUUCAGCUGUGAGAUACGGCUUUAAAGAGCAUCUCUUUCAAUCCUCCAAUCAGACAUCUUUUAGAGGACAAGAUAACAACAAUCUUGAUGGUUUGGAAGACCAAACUUCCCGCCAUAGAAAGGUCAAAGUCGAGUUGCCCGUUCGAGUUGACUUUGUUGGUGGUUGGAGCGAUACUCCACCAUGGAGCUUAGAGCGCGCUGGCUGCGUCUUGAAUAUGGCAAUAACUUUGGACAAUUCUCUCCCUAUCGGAAUCGUUAUAGAGACCACACAAACGCCUGGAUUAUUAAUCACCGAUGAUGCUUCAAACGAGUUAUAUAUCAAAGAUCUCUCCUCUAUUACAACCCCUUUUGACCAAAACGACCCUUUUCGCCUUGUGAAAUCGGCUUUGCUUGUUACAGGUAUUCUUUAUGACCGUAUUCUGGUAUCCAUGGGUUUACGGGUCAAAACGUGGGCCCAUAUACCUCGUGGAAGUGGGUUAGGGACUUCUAGCAUCUUAGCUGCAGCUGUUGUGAAAGGACUUCUUCGUAUUACCUAUGGAGAUGAAAGUAACGAAAAUGUUGCUAGACUCGUGUUAGUAUUGGAACAGAUAAUGGGAACAGGAGGAGGUUGGCAGGAUCAAAUUGGAGGUUUGUAUCCGGGCAUAAAGUUUACGACCAGUUUUCCAGGAAUACCCUUGCGGCUUCAAGUCAUUCCCCUUCUGGCUUCUCCUAGAUUAGUUGCAGAGUUGCAGGAACGUCUGCUUGUCGUGUUCACCGGUCAGGUUCGUCUUGCCCACCAAGUCCUCCAAAAGGUCGUGAUUCGCUAUCUCCAAAGAGACAACCUCCUUAUAUCGAGCAUCAAACGCCUUGCUGAGCUGGCAAAAACGGGAAGGGAAGCUUUAAUGAACUGCAACAUAGAUGAACUCGGAGACACAAUGAUGGAAACUUGGAGAUUACACCAAGAACUCGAUCCCCAUUGCAGUAACGAGUUUGUUGAUCGCCUUUUUGCUUUUGCUGACCGUUAUUGUUGUGGCUACAAACUUGUUGGGGCAGGUGGUGGCGGUUUUGCACUCUUACUUGCUAAGAAAACCGAAAGUGCCCGACAAUUGAGAUGUGCACUCGAAGAAAACCGCGAGUUUGAUGUUAAGGUUUAUAAUUGGAGUGUAUGUUUGGAAAACUAGUCAAAAUGUGUGAUUCCUUUGUACGUAGAUACUUCAUAUAUAAGAUGUUUAACAUUCUAUAUGCUUGCACCAAGAAUGAACCGAUGAAGGGCAUCAUUUUCUCGGCAUUCUUCGCCCUAUCGGGUUCUCGAUUAGGUGUUAUUACAUUUUGAUGUAAAUGCAUAUGAUGGAAUCUUUGACGUGAAAA